AUGGCUACCCCCACCAACCGCGCUCUCUGGCAGGACAAAUUUGGCGUCCCCGGCGCUGUCCGCGAUAGUCCAUUCCCGACCAACGACGAGCUUGGCGACCACAAAGUGCUGGUCAAGGUGCACGCCUGGGCCAUCAAUCCCUGCGACUAUAUCCUCCAGGACAGGGACAUCGGAUUCGGAUAUCCCGUCAUUCUGGGCUGCGACGUUGCUGGCACUGUCGAGGCCGUGCUCCCAGGUUCUUCUGCUGCCUCUCAGUUCCAAGUUGGCGACCGCGUCUUUGGCUUCAGCGCCAAUAACGGGUUCCAGGACUAUGUAGCCCUGGAAGACAAAUUGAUGACCAAGAUUCCGGGCGACAUGCCGUACCGGGAGCCUGUUGUUCUCGGCCUCUGCGCCGCCACCAGCGCGAUGCUUCUGUUCGGAAAGGACUAUCUGCAGCUCGAUUACCCCAAGCCGGGCGUACCCAAAAAUGGGAAGUCCGUUUUGGUCUGGGGAGGUAGCUCUGCUGUUGGCAGCAAUGCCAUCCAGCUCGUUACAGCCGCCGGCUAUGACGUGAUUGCAACCUGCUCGAAGAAGAACUUCGACUACGUCAAGGGCAUUGGUGCAGUCCAAGUCUUUGACUACAGCGAUCCGGAUGUAACCGAGAAGCUUGCUGUAGAGCUCGACAAAGGCGAAUGUGCCGGCAUCUUCAUGGCGGCCGGUCUGAAGACGGGCAAUCUUGCAGCGUGUAAGGUUGCGGCGGCAGCCAAGCAGGUGGGCUCCUAUCAGAUCAAGUUCGCAUCGUCCAAUUUCAUCGACAACUUGGAUGAGUUUCCAGAGGGGGUAGACGUCAAGCAACUACCUGUGGGCAGUCUCAAACCAUUCCCCGACUGUUGGUUUGAAACGGUGCCUGCCACGUUUGGGGGAUAUCUGCCCGAGGCUCUAGCCGGGGGAGCCUACAAAGUCGUUCCCCCGCCCCUUGUUAUCAACAGGAAGGGUCUCGAAGGGAUCCAGGAAGGGAUAGAUCUUCAGCGGCUCAUCUCUGCGAAAGGCCAGGAAGGGAUCAAAGAGGUUAUCAACCGCGUGAAGGGGGGCAUGGACGAAGAUAAGCAAGUUGACACACCCACAGUCCGUUCGUUCGAUUGCAACAAGAUGGGAGAGAACUGGAAUUCGGACACGACGGGACUUUUACUCUGUUCUACACGGCAUCAAUCCCACGACUGCACGGCUCGCGAGGAGAGUUCUCGCCUGGCUGAUGGACUCGGGGAAGCUGCCGAUGUACAACUUAGCCAGGAGGCUCGAGCUGGAAGCGGCGGCCUGACGCGCCCCCGUUCGGAGGCCAGGAGGCCUCCUCUCUUUGUAUAUGUAGGCUCACUAAAACGCAUCGCUCCUUGA